UGGCAUACUGAAGUGACUCGGGUAUGUUUACCAACCAGGAAGUAAACGUCACAUAACAUGGUCUGACCUGACAACACAGACAGAGGAAAACUAUCAUCCACUAGCCCAGAUACAAAGGACACUGCUGUCAAUGGCGUUCCUUCGUAUUAUAGCAACAUCUGUGUUUGCAGUUGUCCUGUUGAAAGGUGUUGAGGGAGCAGUGACUGUAUCAGGGUCAGGAGGUACAGGGAUACCCAACCAGCAGGCUCUGACAUUGAGAUGCAGCUACACUGUGACACCUGGGGAUGCUGCUAUUGUGUUCGCAUGGAGGAGGGUGGAGGGCAGCUCUACAGUGAACAUAGUCAGUGGAUCAGUGACUGCUCAGACAGCUGUGUUCCUGGACUCCUGGCAGAGCAAGGGCGUGUUUGUUGGUGACUACACCUCCUCCGUCGACAUCCAGCUGCCUGCCAGUCACGUGACCUCCAGCUAUGCCGGGAUCUACAGGUGUGAAGUGUUGUUGCUGCCAGGGUCUGGUUAUGCUGAUGUCACUGCCUCUGUGUUGAACCCUCCUUCCAUAUCUGGACUACAGCCAACACAGGCCGUCACAGAGUUCUCUGACCUCAGGAUAGACUGUAGCACCUACACCACACCAGGCAACCCUCCAACAACAAGCUACACAUGGACCUAUGGUGGUUCUACUGUCAGUACUGGGGCUGUACUUGACAGAAGGAACAUCAGCAGGAGUCAGGGAGGAGACUACACCUGUACUGCCAGCAACAGUCAGGGAUCAGAUUCAGGCUCAGUCAGUGUAAAUGUACAAUAUCCACCGUCUAUAUCUGGACUACCACCAACACAGACUGUCACAGAGAUCUCUAACCUCAGGAUAGACUGUAGCACUUACACCACACCAGGCAACCCUCCAACAACAAGCUACACAUGGACCUAUGACCGAGCAAGCAUACGGACGUUUACCGCCAACUCUGAAAGUGGCUCAGUGACAGUCAACGAGUCUGAUACAGUGACACUGAGCUGCCAGGUUGACAGUAAUCCAAAGUCAGUCAUCAGGUUACUGAAUGGAUCUGAGGAGCUGACAAGGGCAGAUAACUCCCUGACAGCAACAUACAGACUGGAGUCAGCAGACUGUAGACAAAGAGGGAACUACUCCUGUACUGCCACUAACAACAUCGGGGCACCUGCCACCCAGAGGGUGGAGCUGCUGGUUAAAUGUUCUCCCCGACUUGCUGAGACAGUAGCCCCGCAACUCAAGUACGCCUCUGGACUGGGUGGUGACGUGACUGUGUCUGUGUCAGUCCUGGCCUACCCCCUUCCUACAUUCACCUGGAGUAGAUCCAUCAGCACCAGCCAGGACCUCACUGGUUCCUCAAGCCCUGUCUCAGAUAUCUCAGUCACUGCAAGACUACAUCUUACUAACCUCCAACAGCAGGACUUCGGGGACUACAGUCUUACAGUGGACAAUGGUGUGGGCGAGUCAGUGACAUACACAGUCAGCAUAACGCCUGCAGGACCACCGCAGACACCUUCGCAGUUUAGAGAUCUGGAUAAUGCAACAACGUCGUCAAUAUGGUUGUCGUGGCUGCCUGGGGUCAAUGGUGGACGCCCUCAGACGUUUCUCAUUGAGUAUCUUCAGUUUGCUACAAGAACGUGGAUUAUGUACAGUUCUUAUGGCGACACAGGCGAUAUGAUGGUGUUAGAAGUGACUGGGCUUACACCAGGAGAGAUUUACAUAUUCCGACUACAAGCUAGAAAUGACUAUGGGAAUUCUGACACAUAUGUCUUCGUAGAAACUACGACUGCAGGGGAUCCACCAGACCAGCAAAACCUCGACUCUUCAUGUAUCAGUACAGGGGUAUUAGCAGGAGCUACAGUAGGAACCUUUCUUCUUACCCUGCUCAUCGGAGGAACUGUUCUAAUGGUGCUGUACAGAAAGGGGUACAUCUUCGGUAAUAUCCCAAAAGGAGCCUCACGUAAAAGCUUCCGCCAACCUGAACCUGUGGAAAUGGACAACAGAGGAUAUUCAUCUCUAGAUCAGAUCACUGUUCCUGCACACUAUUCAAAUGUGGAGGAGGAAUCAGAAAAACAACAGUACACCCAGUUGAAGAUUUAUGAGAACACAAAAGCGGAUGCUGCAGCAGAUACAAGUACCUAUGAAGGCGUGACAGAGACUCCUCCUGUGACCUAUGAGUCCAUCAGGGCAUCGCCAUACCAGAACACUGGGGCACAUCCUCAAGGUGCUGGCAAAUGACAAGGCCAUGCGGUGCCCGCUCCUUAUCAAGACAGUACGCCCUUGUUACUGUCGUUUUAUUUACACUACUUCACAAGUUCCAUGACACAUGCGCAUUUGCUUAAAGAAAUUCAAAUCAUGUUGGUUUUGUGGGCGGUAGAAUAUUUAUUAGUGACUUUAUCGCAAAGCAAAAAGCAACAUAUUUACACAAUGAAUAUACAAAUCCAUUUGGUGAUUACGUGGAAAUAUGUACAUAAACAGAGACAGAACAGUAUAACUCCGAUCUACCAAGUAUGUCAUAAUAUAGUAUGGUAGCAGUAUAGGGGAAACGGUCAUGAAUUAGUGAGGUGUCAGUAGGGCUGGAAGAACCGAUCUCCAGUCAUGCAAUAGGCACGAGGAUAAUUGUGCACUACAGAAUUAACAUCUGGGUGUGUAGUGACUCGAACGAAAAAGAAAUACCUCAUCGUGCUAGGGUCGUUAAUGCCUACUCAGAGCAGGAGACCCUUGUCCCACGGAGUGGCCAUUCCGGUCAUCAGACAUCAGCUCUCCUCAACACAUGUGGAAUACUCUGCAGGUCACCCUCUAACAAUGUCCUGGCCAUCCGACGAUUUUACAAGAACUCCUCAAACUUCUCACUGACGUGUGGAACAAUCAUCCUUCUUGACACCUAUUGGGAGGCCAAAGACGGUGAUGAUAGGCUGUGGGAGUAUAUAUUUUUCAGUUUGUGUCAAAACCGUUUACUUAUAAAGGUGAUAUGACUCAUAAUUGUUUAUAUGUUCUUUGUUUUUGUUGAACAUACAAAAACAUGUCCUUGUAUCAUUAA